AUGGACAAUUUCAGAGAACGUCAACAUCAGACAAGUCUGCUCUGUGAUUGUGAUGGACCGAGACAAGAACAGGAGCAUGCUACAAUCACAUCGGAACCCAGACGAAACAUGGACAUUGUCCAAGCCAAAAAAUACCCACCUCCCCUUCUCCCAGCUCUCGCUUUCUCAGUGACGUCACCUAAUAGACCACAGUCGUCUUCUUCAGCGAAGCUGACGUUUUUGGAUGAGGCUAUCUGGCGCGGGCGGCCGGGCGGGCGGCGCCAAGGGGAGCGCCGAGGAGCGGCCGGCGGGGCGCAGCGGGCACUGGCCGCGCGUCGCCAAUUAGUGCGGACUUCGGAGUUCACCCAAGUCGGGACCCGGGACGGCGGGGCGCGGCGGGCACGGGGCGGGACUCGCCAAUCAGAGCCGAUCUGGAGUUCGCCCCGAGGCGCGCCGGAAGCCCGCAGCCAGUGCCCGAGCGCCUGGACGCGCGGGACCCGGAGCACCGCCGCUAUGCCCGCGGGGGUCGCGCCCCGAGUCAGCAGUCACGCUCUGCCCGCCUUCGACGCGCCCCUGAGCGAGCGCCUUCUGCACCGGGGCCCCGACUACCUGCGCCGGCACCUGGACGCGACGCGGCCGGCGCGCAGGAGCGCGGUGGAGAGGCUGGCGGCCGACCGCGCCAAGUACGUGAAGAGCCGGCCAGUGGCCGGCCGCGGCACGGAGGAGACGGCGCCCGGCGCCCCCCAGCCCCCGGCCCGCGCUCCGUGCCCGGUGGCUCGCAGGGCCAUUGCCCGGAAGCCGCUGAGGCCGGACUCGCUGGUCAUCUACCGGCAGAAAUGCGAGUUCGUCAAAGGGCAGGGCGCCGACGGCUCCAGGGCGAGCUUGGUGAGGAAGCUCUUCCAAGGGCCAGGCAAGGACAAGGCGCUGGCCAGCGCCCAGGGCCAGGAGCCCCGAGCCCAGGGCCAGGAGGCCCCCUCGACCAAGGCUGCAGGGAGCAGCCUUGGCCCCGGCCCUGUCGCUGGUUCAGUGCCCCCCACGCCACCUGCCCCCUCCACACCUGCCGGGGCACCCAGCAGGUGCCAAGCCAUGGACCCUGGUCCUGACCUCCGGGAGGUGAGGCGCAGGGGCCUGCACCGUUCUCAGUCAGACAUCAGCUCUCGCUACUCCAAGUCCUUCGCCGAAUUUGACACUUUCUUCCAGUACUGCGGCCUUGACCCCGAGGUGGUGGAGGACCUCGGUAGGGAGAACUUUUCUGCAGGGUCAGACCACAUUGCCUUCAAAGUCCGCAGCGUGAGCAUCGCCACGUCGGACAGCGGCUUCUCCCGGCACAGCGGCGGGGACGAUGGACUGCAGGAAGAUGAGCUGAUGGAGCAAGUCCCCAGCAGGACCUCGGUCAUCGAGAAGAACGCUCGCAUCAUCAAAUGGCUGUACACGUGUAAGGCGGCCAAGCAGACCCCCACGCAGCAAGGGGCUGCAGGAGCUGGAGUGACGCCGCCUGCGCCCGAGCCCGGAAACCGGAACCCAGAGGUGGGCUUUCCCAGAGCUGAGAAGGGUGUCUGCCUGUGUGAGUGUCUGUGUUUGCUCAGUGUGGCCGAGUUGGGCGAUGGUUAG